AACGAGAGAAUUCCGAACAUUUCAGACAUUUAAAAGACGCAGCAGCUCAUGAAAUAUACAUAUCCAAAGAUUGGCACAUCGAUCGUACAUAUUCACAGGAUGAACUACGCUCGAGGCAGUCGCUCUGUGGAGUGUCUCAAUCUGGAUGUUGGCCUGAGGCAGCGCGAGAACGAUCUGGUGGCUGGCCAACUGUCGGCUGGCAUAUUCCGGCAGCGUCUCAGUGCAGCAGAGAAUCUCUACCAGCGCAAUCUGACCGGCCACUAUGGGUGUGUCAAUGCCCUGGAAUUCAGCAACGGUGGACAGUUCCUUGCCUCAGGUGGCGACGACAAGCGGGUGCUGCUGUGGAACAUUGACCAGGAGGUCGUCACCGAACUGGGACGGCCGCAGGUCAUGAACGAGACACACACCAGCAACAUCUUUUGCCUGGGCUUCGACACGUUCAAUGCACACGUCUUCUCUGGUGGCAACGAUGACCUGGUCAUCCAACAUGAUCUUGCCACCGGCAAGCUCUUGAAUUACUUUUCCCACGAGGGACCCGUCUACGGCCUCAGCGUGGACCGGACCAGCGUCCAUCUGUUUAGCGUGGCCACGGAGAGCGGCGAGGUUCUGUUCUAUGACCUCCGCGUGGGCAACUACGAGCCCCUGACGGUGGCCAAGUUCCGUUCCCCCUUCAAUGCCGUCGAGUUUCAUCCGUUGAACGGCAACUUCCUGGCCACGGCCAAUGCCAAGCGCGGAGCCAUGCUCUGGGAUCUGAGGCAUCACAAUCAUCCCCUAUGCCAGUUUAACUACAUCCCGGAAUCGCCCAGCUGCAUGAGUGUGCGUUUCAAUUGCAGUGGCAGCCUCCUGCUCACCCUGCACCGUCGACUGCCGCCCAUACUGUUCAGUCCCAGCUCGCCGGAGCCGGUGGGCACCUUCUACCAUGACGAGUACUUCAACUCGUGCACCAUGAAAAGCUGCAGCUUUGCGGGGCCGCAGGAUGAGAUGGUGGUGUCCGGUUCGGAUAACUUUAAUAUGUUCAUUUGGCGGCUGGAUGGCGUGGACUUGGAGGCGAAGAACCAAUGGAUUGACACGCCACCCGUUAUUCUGACGGGCCAUCGUUCUGUGGUCAAUCAGGUGCGCUUCAAUCGACAGCGCUGCCUGCUGGCCUCGUCCGGCGUGGAGAAGAUCAUAAAGCUGUGGAGUCCUUUUGCCCAGCAUGGCUGGGAGGGAUCGCUGAUGUAUCCGUCGAGCAAGCCCUACUGCAACCGCACCCUGCACAACAACACCACGGAGCAUGUCAUACAGGACUUUAGCUCCUGCGACACUGACGAGGACCAGGUGAUGCUGGCCUUCUUCGAUACGCUGGUGCAACGGGAGCUGGAAUCCUGGAACACCAAUGGCAAUCAUACGAGCAGCGACAGCACAUCCUCCAGCACAUCGUCGGAGCGCAGCGAGGCGGGGGCCAGUGCGGCAUCCGAGGAGGAGGAAGAGGAGCCCACCGAUGAUGAGGACGAUACGCCCAAUGUCAGUGAGCUCAGCUGGCAGACGCAUCCCAAUCGCAUCUUCUAUCUGAUCGCGAAGAAGCGUCGCGCCCUGCUGCAAAUGGCUGUGAAGGGCACGGGGGGCCAGCAGCGCAGUGUGGAACAGCUGCUGGCACGGCUCAAUGGCGAGCAAAAGCAGGCGGCCACCCAGGCGCGCAUCAGCGACUGGCUGGACGAGACACACCGGCUGUUUGGGGACGAUGAGAUGCCCACCACUUCCGCGGAGGCUGCGGCCCGGGAGCAGCGUCGUCGUGUCUUCGAUCAGCUCUCGCGUAAUCCCCGCAAGGCGCCCCAGCUCAAGCCCAGCUCUGCAGAUACGCUGCAGUCCAACUACGAGCAGAUGGAGCGCAAAAGGAAGUUGAUGCGUCUGCGCUUUGCCUCCAGAAAGCGACGUCGCAACACCCUACGGCUACGUGCCAGCGAUCUGGAUAAUGACAGCAUCGAAGGGUUAGAGGAGGACCCCACCAACGAUUCGGACGAAGAGGGGGAGACGGAGGAAGAGGAUGCCGAAUCGGAGGAUAAUAAUAACAAUAAUAAUAAUAAUAAUGGCACCGAUGGCCUCGACACUGCUGCUCCGACAGCAGUGGCAGCUGCUGCUGCUGAUGAUACUGAUGACACAUCAUCCACAUCCAUGACUUCCAUGGAGGCUCAACUCUCGCAGGCUCCCAGCACAUCCAGCUCGUAUCCGUUCCAUGUGGAAACCGAGGCCAAUAACAACAAUCAAAUGGCCGCCAACAACAACCACAAGCCACCGGCCACCACCAAUGGAACGGCUGCUGUAGAUAUGUGCAGCACGGAGUCAUCGUCCGCAUCCACAUCCUCGUCCAGCCAGGCUGCUAUAUAGAGAAUGAACAGAUCGAUCCAACCAAACUAAACUUAAGCUAUAGCUAUGUAUAUGUAUAUGUACAACUAAAUUAUCCUUUCAGACUUCAGAAGAAAUGGCCGGGGGCCAUAUAUACCCUAUGUAUAACCAACCAUCUUAUGGCUCCUACAAUCCCAUGAUCUAUCUGAGGUGAUCUCCAAAACUCACACAAAUUGAAUAUUAUUUUCGUCAUGCAAAACAAAUAUUUAAAUAGCUUUCUGAGAAAGUAUUAUCUUAAUAGAUAUUUAAACAUAAAACAAAACUAAACAAAAAACCACAACAUGUAUUCCUUUUUUUAUAAACUGAAA